AUGGUUGCUGGCGUGGUUGGUAUCGAGGCACAUUCUGGCGCAAAUGCUCAAGUCUGUGAUGAAAAACCAACCAAAGACUCAAUCCAGCCGUUCUCUGCGUGGUGGAUGUUUGAAGAGCUAGAUGAGGCGGAAGUUGCCAAGAAAAAAGAGAAGGAAAUCACGGAGCAAGAGGCGUACUGGAAGGAUCUCAAAAGGAAAUAG